AGCUGGGGAAGUGGACCCGAAACAGCGGCUACUUGAGCUAGCCUGCUAACUUACACUCUGUAUGUUUUUUUGAUAAAACUUUGGAUACACUUGCCGGGAAGACCAAGUUGCAACAAUGAUAAAGAAAUUUGAUAAGAAAGAUGAAGAGUCUGGAAGCGGCUCGAACCCCUUCCAGCACUUGGAGAAGAGCGCGGUUCUGCAAGAGGCUCGAAUCUUCAACGAGACGCCAAUCAAUCCACGGAGAUGCCUCCACAUCCUCACCAAGAUCAUCUACCUGCUCAAUCAGGGGGAACACUUUGGGACAACUGAGGCGACCGAGGCCUUCUUUGCCAUGACCAGGCUCUUCCAGUCCAAUGAUCAAACACUGCGACGGAUGUGCUACCUGACCAUUAAAGAGAUGGCCAACAUCUCUGAGGAUGUGAUCAUCGUGACCAGCAGUCUGACCAAGGACAUGACGGGCAAAGAGGACGUGUACAGGGGCCCAGCCAUCAGAGCACUGUGCAGGAUCACAGACACCACCAUGCUCCAGGCCAUUGAGCGCUACAUGAAGCAGGCCAUUGUGGACAAGGUGCCCAGCGUGUCGAGCUCCGCCCUGGUGUCCUCGCUGCACAUGGUGAAGAUGAGCUACGACGUGGUGAAGCGCUGGGUGAACGAGGCACAGGAGGCCGCCUCCAGCGACAACAUAAUGGUGCAGUACCAUGCCCUGGGUCUGCUCUACCACCUGAGGAAGAAUGACCGUCUGGCCGUGUCCAAGAUGCUGAACAAGUUCACCAAGUCCGGCCUCAAGUCCCCCUUUGCCUACUGUAUGCUGAUCCGCAUUGCCAGCCGGCUGCUGGAGGAGUCCGAGGGCGGACACGACAGCCCCCUCUUCGACUUCAUCGAGAGCUGCCUGAGGAACAAGCAUGAGAUGGUGGUGUACGAAGCGGCCUCUGCCAUCGUCCACAUGCCCAACUGCACCGCCCGAGAGCUCGCCCCUGCCGUCUCAGUCCUCCAGCUCUUCUGCAGCUCACCCAAAGCAGCCCUGCGCUACGCUGCUGUCAGGACCCUCAACAAGGUGGCAAUGAAGCACCCCUCGGCUGUGACGGCCUGUAACCUGGACCUGGAGAACCUGAUCACGGACUCGAACCGCAGCAUCGCCACGCUGGCCAUCACCACGCUGCUGAAGACGGGCAGCGAGAGCAGCGUGGACCGCCUCAUGAAGCAGAUCUCCUCCUUCGUGUCCGAGAUCUCCGACGAGUUCAAGGUGGUAGUGGUGCAGGCCAUCAGUGCCCUCUGUCAGAAGUAUCCCAGGAAGCACAGUGUGAUGAUGAACUUCCUGUCAAACAUGCUCCGAGAUGAUGGCGGGUUUGAGUACAAGCGGGCCAUCGUGGACUGCAUCAUCAGCAUCAUCGAGGAGAACCCGGACAGCAAGGAGACGGGGCUGGCGCACCUGUGCGAGUUCAUCGAGGACUGUGAGCACACGGUGCUGGCCACCAAGAUCCUGCACCUGCUGGGCAAGGAGGGCCCGCGCACCCCGACGCCCUCCAAGUACAUCCGCUUCAUCUUCAACCGCGUGGUGCUGGAGAGCGAGGCCGUGCGGGCAGCUGCAGUCAGCGCCCUGGCCAAAUUCGGGGCCCAGAACGACGACCUCCUCCCCAGUGUGCUGGUGCUGAUGCAGAGGUGCAUGAUGGACAGUGAUGAUGAGGUUCGGGACAGAGCCACAUUCUACAUGAAUGUCCUGCAGCAGAAGCAGAAAGCCCUGAACGCCGCCUACAUCUUCAACGGUCUGACCGUGUCCAUUCCCGGUCUGGAGAAAUCUCUCCACCAGUACACCCUGGAACCCUCAGAGAAGCCCUUCGACAUGAAGACCGUUCCCCUGGCAACCACGCCCAUCACAGAGCAGAAGACAGAAAUCGCCCCGGCCGCCACCAGCAAACUCCCAGAGAAGCUGGCACCGUCGCGGCAGGACAUUUACCAGGAGCAACUGGCCGCUAUCCCAGAGUUCCAGGGCCUGGGGCCGCUCUUCAAGUCGUCGGAGCCGGUGCAGCUGACGGAGGCGGAGACGGAGUACGUGGUGCGCUGCGUCAAGCACACCUUCGCCGGCCACAUGGUGUUCCAGUUCGACUGCACCAACACGCUCAACGACCAGCUGCUGCAGAAGGUGGUGGUGCAGAUGGAGCCGUCCGAGGCCUACGAGGUGGUGCACUGCGUGCCCGCCGCCAGCCUGCCCUACAGCCAGCCCGGGUCCUGCUACACCCUCGUCCGCCUGCCCGAGGACGACCCCACCGCUGUCUCCUGCACAUUCAGCUGUACGAUGAAGUACCUGGUCCGGGACUGCGACCCCAACACAGGAGAGCCGGACGAUGAUGGUUACGAUGACGAAUAUGUGCUGGAGGACUUGGAGGUGACAGUCGCAGACCACAUCCAGAAGGUCCUCAAACCCAACUUCAGCGCCGCCUGGGAGGAAGUGGGUGACGACUUUGAGAAAGAGGAGACCUUCGCCCUGGCUUCAGUCCGAACUCUAGACGAGGCCGUUAACAACAUCAUCAGCUUCCUGGGCAUGCAGCCGUGUGAGCGCUCGGACAAGGUCCCCGAAAACAAGAACUCCCACGUCCUGUUCCUCGCAGGUGUGUUCCGGGGGGGUCACGACCUGCUGGUGCGCUCUCGCCUCGCGCUGGCCGACGGCGUCACCAUGCAGGUGACGGUGCGCAGCAAAGAGGAGACGGCCGUGGACGUGAUCCUCGCCUCCGUGGGCUAAAACCGCCACGUUCCCGCUAAAAAGGGGGCCAAGCGCCAACCGACCCUUUACCCGUCAGGCGAAAAACAUCUUCAGUGGACAUUUGAAUCAUUUAUGCUUAUUCAAAAUUAAGUAUCUUAAUUUCAUCCCUGCCCCCUCCCCUCACUUUUGUAAUAUCACGGAGAUGUAUGCGUGCCUUCAGUCUGGUGAACUGUGUCAGCUAAAAUGGGCAGCAGUGUUACUGCUAAAGUCAGCAUCUUUACUGAAAAUGGGUCCAGCGCAGUGAUCGAUGUAUGCCCUCAUCUCUGUGGGAAGGGACCGCUUCAGCGAGGACAGCUGUCACUACAGUGUCUCUCAGACAUGAGCUGCCUGCCGUUUUUUUGGGGAUGCGACACGCACAAUUAUCCUGCUUCAGUUAAGCUUAAUGGUUGUCGCUUUUCCUGACCUUUUUACACCAGUUUCCACUUCUUAAAUGUCUCUCCAUUUGUAUUCUCUCAAUAAAAAGCCAAA